UGCAGCCACGGGUGACAGGCCUGCCGAUUUGGCGCUGGGACGAGUACUUCGCGGGCAAUUCCCGUCAACUUCUGGAGGGGCCUUGUACAUAAACUCCUGCUCGACCUGAAUGUGCCCGUUCCCCAACAACGCUACGUUACCACCACACCUUUAGUUCCUAGAUGCUUGAUCUAGGAACCACGAACCACUCCGCCCUGUUUCACGAUAUCCAACAACUUUUCAUCACAAUCCAGAAUCAUUAUUCGCUAGCACUGUUUGUUUUUUUUUUUUUUACGUUGAAUACACAGUCUCACUGCCCUUGCGGCAAUAGAGGUAACUAGACACAAUGGCCACGGACCUAGCAUACAACGUAGAUGUACCAGGCCUGCGAAGGAGCGAUGUGGUCUCGUACUUCGCCGCUAGAGCAGCCUUGGCUCGACCGCCAUCACAGAGCACCCUUAUGGACGAGGGCCACUCUGAUAACGAUGAUUCGAGUUAUCUUGAGGAUUCGCCUUUUACGAGUGUUGUUUCGCUUGAUAGUGAUAGCAUCUCUUCAGCGUCAACGUCCAAUGAAGCCACUACUCCCGAGUCAACCGGAUUGACUGCCUUUGACUUCCAUAUCGACGAAAAGAACAUCAAGGGUCCGAAUGGGCCACACCUAUUUCGCACAUACUCGGAAGCCUCUGAGUAUAGCAGCAUUGUGGGAACAGAUCUGAGCUGGGAGGAUCAGCCACCUAGUGCUAUGGCACCUUUUUACCAAUCUGCUUCCAAGCUUGACCCUAUCAGAAAGGAUACUCCAGUUCCCAAUCGAGUCUCAUCAACGCCCCAACCUCAGCCGACAUCACAGUUGCAGCAACGGCCUCGGCCUCAGCUGCAGCUCCAACCACAACCUCAACCCCAACUCCAGCCCAAUCUUCAGACUCAGCCACUGCCCCACCCCCAACAUCCGCAGCAACGUGUUUUCGGACAACCGCAAGUUCCAGUUCUUGAUGAAGCAGGGAUUCGACAAUGGCGCCCAGAAGAAGUGGUUCAAUGGCUUCAUGCUCAUGGCUUUGACAGUGGCAUAACGGAGACAUUCUAUGUUAAUGACAUCUCGGGGCCUAUUUUGCUUGAGCUUCAAACCGAGGACCUCAAAGAACUUGGCAUUCAAUCUUUUGGCAAGCGCCACAUGCUAAUGGGCGCCAUCAAGAAGCUCCGGGAGCGUCCCACGAUCAUCACUGCUCCAGUCCCUACCUCAACAGAGACUGAUGCUGUCCCCGCCACCCCUCAUACUCUCGUGAUCCCCGCUACACCUCGGACCGGGGUGACACACGCAAGCUCAGAAUGCCCGCCUGGCUCGGCCUCUGAUGAGUACUCCUGUGAAAGUUUCAGCGAGGGUCGGCGCCACCGUCUUCGCGAGAGCGACAAUCAUUCACGGAGGCCCCGAGACCUUCAGCCAGGCGACUCGGUGUCAAUUGUUGCGAUUGAGCAAAUAUUGCCAAAGCUACACAGUUGCUCCAAAGGAGAGAACUGUCGCAAGUGGCAAAAGCAACAAUCUAAACUUGCACAUCUGGCCAAAGAUCUACCUACAGGGAACAUGAAUGGUAGAAUCAUUCUCACUGGCGACCCAGGCAAUCCAAAGACAGCACCAAACCUCGUCAAAACCCCAAAGUCUGACAUUACUCCAUCUCUGAUUGCCUCUUCCGAUGUGAUGGGACCACUGCAAACCCCUGGACUCGGUCUGUCGAAAGAAAAGCUGAACGAGGUCCAGCCUAGGGACCCGCAGGAGAAUGUGCGCAACUUUUUGAGCUUCCAACACCUGAGCAACAUACAACCAGCAAGCAACCCCCCGACGCCUCCAACAGAGUCACCUCAAAGCCACGAGACCUCUGUAUCGCCCAAAGCAAACCCUACACUUUCGGAAAAUCUUAGACAUUUACCCAAGUUGAUGAUUCCAGGAACGGUCGACUUAGAAAGAGAUAGUCUUUACACUGCCAAUCUGUCGUCACAGAGGACUGUCACUCAGGAAUAUCCUACUGCCAUUCCUCGGGGCCAGCAGCGCUACGCCUACGGAACGACAGAGUCUCCAGGUGAUUUCUAUCGCACAGAUCCCCACUAUGGCCAGGAUACCCCUUUGUCCGAAGUGGAUGUACCUAUGACUGCUUUCCCUGUGGGACUCGUUCCCCGUGAGGAGUCGCAGUCUGUUCCGCCAAACAUGCGGUUUGGAUCGGACCGCAUUGUGAUGCUCGACCCUGUUCCCCGGCCGGCCUCAACAAAGGUGGAACAUCAUCGCCGGAACAUAUCUCACCAACAAGCUCCACCAAUGCGUUCGCUUGAUGAGCACCGCGUGUUGGAGCCAAUUGAUACCCCUGAGGAUAUGGCUAGGAUUGCUCGCAAAGGCUACAGCUCUCCUACUCGACGGUCUCCCGAUGAUGUCACUCACAGUGGCUGGAUGCGAAAACGCAAGACCACCCGCCUAUUACGCCACGAAUGGGAAGAGGGACAUUACACCCUCAAGGGGACUCAGCUUGCCAGGCAUGCUGAUAGAGAAUCAGCUCAGCGCAAUUCAAAAGCUCUGGAGUACAUCGAUGUUGAUGACUAUGCCGUCGCGUGCUCUUCGCUUGCUUCGAGCUCCAAGCUCACUGCCGCGUUUAAGAAGACCAUGUUGAAGCGCAAGGAAAUUGGACCUUCUGAGUCCGCCUUUUCCUUCUCUUUGGUUCCUGCCACCGGCACAGGAAAUACCGUUGUGGACAAGAAGGCUUUGUUUCUAAACUCUGGCAAGAGCCAUCACUUUGCUGUCAAGACACGGGAUGAGCGGAUCGAUUGGAUGCGAGAACUCAUGCUUGCCAAAGCUCUCAAACGAGGGCGCGAGAACGGUUUUGAUAUGGCCAACAAUUUUAUAUGAUGAAGCGUCGCUGCUGUGCGAGCUUGACUACGAUUCUUAUACUUUCAUUGUUAUGUUUCUUCUCCAUUGACGUUGCACGAUACCCGUUCCCCACCCAGCCUUCUAAGGCCGAUAAUGUUUUUGAGCGGUGGGAUGACGAUGGAAACGAAUUUCCUUCUCUGUUUUGGAUCUAACUUCUCUGUUACUGGCCGUGCUAUGACACUGGACGGUAACCAUCUUCUCUGGGUGUUUUCUUGAUGCGAUUCUGCUUUUAGCCAUGGUUCCCCAGCUCCUAUGUCUUUUCUUCUUCACAUUGGUGAAUAUCUACGCAUAAUCUAGAAUGUGUUCUAAGUGUGGUGAGUGGCCCACGCCAUCAUCAGCACUGCGGAGAAGGAUCGGGCCUCAGGGGUUUCAAAUGUGUUCGUACCCGUGGAGUAUCCAUAGGGGCAUACCUGUAUGUAUUGUAUCUAGUUACGA